AUGCCUCCCAAACGAAAUGCGACCGAGGAUCUCUCGGACUUGCGGCAGCGUAGUCGCUUCGACUACCUGGCCAAGCGAGAGGCUCUGAAGCUUGCUGAACUACAGAAGGAUGUAGAAGAAGAUGAGAGGGAAAAAGAACGUUUUGGGGACCGGCUCUCAAAACGAGAGCUAAAGGAAAUGGAGCAACGCAAGGAAACCCUCCGCCUGACAUUGGAACGCAACCAGAUCGACGACACGAAUUCGGGCUUCUUCAUGCUCGACUCGACCUUGACGGACAAGUCGGAGAUCUUGAAUAAACGAAACAAGAAGGAGAACUACAAGAGCGAAGUCCAGCUAUGGGAGGAAGAGCAGACAUCCAAAGCGAAAGCCGCGCAGGGUCAACGCGCCGUCCGUGAAACAGAAGACGACUACGAUUUUGUAUUCGACGAGCAGACCGCGAUAAACUUUGUUAGUGAUGGCAAUAUUUUGGAUCCAGAGAAGCAGCGACUUCAGCAGCACCUCGACGAGGCUGAGAAGAGAGCAAAAGACAUAAGCGAUGUCAGAAAAAGCCUGCCCAUACAUGCCUAUAAAAAGGAAAUACUAGAAGCAGUCGAUCAGUUCCAAACACUAGUGCUCACAGCAGAGACUGGAUCAGGCAAGUCCAGUCAAAUACCGCAGUAUAUGCUCGAGUAUUUCAGAGAACGCGGCGAGAAGGACAAGGUGGUCCUCUGCACACAGCCACGCCGAGUGGCAGCAAUCAGUCUAGCAACACGUGUCGCUGAAGAGCACGGAACACGUCUCGGCAAUGAAGUGGGCUAUACGAUCCGUUUCGAAGACAAGACCACCGAGAAGACUCGCAUCAAGUACCUCACCGACGGCACCCUGCUUCGGAUGUUUUUGACGCAACCUGAUUUGCCUGAGGUAGGAUGCGUUAUUCUUGACGAAGCUCACGAACGUACGCUUGCCACCGAUAUUCUUAUGGGCUUGCUGUUGGAUAUAGUCAAAUUUCGGACUGAUCUCAAGAUAAUUGUGUCCUCGGCUACGCUUGACGCGCAGGGCUUUUCCAAGUAUUGGAAUGAUUGUCCUGUUCUUUUCGUCCCCGGACGAACAUAUCCCGUGACAACGUAUUUCGCAUCUCAACCUGAAGCCAACUAUCUUUCGGCGGCGAUAACUACAACUUGGCAAGUACACAUCGGCGCUCAGGAUUCAAAGGGGGACAUCCUGGUCUUCCUCACGGGUCAGGACGAGAUAGAGACCGCACAGCAAAGUAUCGAGGAGACCAAGCUCAAGCUUGGGAACCGGGCGAAAGAACUCAUCUGCCUGCCGCUUUAUUCGGCUCUUCCACCGGACGAACAACAGAAGAUCUUCGUACCUGCUGCCCCAGGGGUUCGGAAAGUCAUCCUCGCAACCAACAUCGCAGAAACGUCGCUGACAAUUGACGGCGUCGCACACGUAAUCGACACUGGAUAUAGCAAAGAGAACCUCUACUCCGAAGCUACUGGACUUGACAGUCUCGUUGUAAAUCCCCAUGCGUUCAUGAAUGAUAUGCCGGCUACAAGCUUGCCUGAGAUAACGCGCGUAAACCUUUGUUCGACAAUACUUCUUUUGAAGAGCAUUGGUGUCAACGAUCUGCUAAACUUUCCCUUCAUGACUCCUCCAGCACCAGAAGCGAUUGCAUCCAGUCUAGAAACGUUAUACUGCCUCGGUGCACUCGACUCCAAAGGAGCCGUAACGAAGGUUGGUCGGUCUCUCUCAGAGCUUCCAAUAGAACCGAAAAUGGCGAAGGCGCUACUUGUGGCCGAGAAGUUUGGUUCUCUCAGUCACGUUCUUACCAUCAUAUCCAUGAUAGGCGAAAGCGGCGCGCUCUUUUUCGCACCCAAAGAUAAGAAACUACAUGUGGAUGCCGCGAAAAGAAGGUUCUACAUUAAAGGACUCGGUGACUACGGUAGUUAUUUAUCGAUUUAUAAUCAAUGGAAAGAGACGGAGUACGAUGGAAUGUGGGCAAAGGAGAAUUUUCUGCAGGCGAAAACUCUCAAUCGAGUACGGAACGUCCGCGAGCAACUCGAGAAACUGUGUGAACGAAUCGGCCUGACGCCCGAGGACGAAGGCGAGCCAGACCAUGUCGCAAUCAAGAAAGCUUUCACAUCCGGCUACUUCGCAAACGCGGCACGUAUGUCGCGGGAUGGCCAGUCGUACCGAACCGUCAAAAGCGGAAAUCAGACUGUCUGGAUUCAUCCUUCAAGUUGGAUCCACGAACCGACCGAGCGACCGAAGUGGCUACUUUAUUCAGAGUUGGUGCUCACAAGUAAAGAAUUCAUGAGGAGUGUGUUACCAAUCGAGCCGGAGUAUUUGACUGAAUUGGCGCCAUUCUAUUUCAAGGAUUCGGACAUUGAAAAGCUGGGGACAAAUAAGAAGAUGGGGAAGGGCCCGGGGAAGGUUGGUGUGGACAAGUGA